AUGAGCACGAAACGAACAGCCUCGGAGGUUCUCAAAGACGCGAGGAAACUCGUCGUCGAACGGAUGAAACGAGGAGGAGUACACAGAGGAGAAGACGUGGUUGCAAAACAACAAAUUCGCUCGAAUAAGAAGGAUUUUUACGGAGCACAACAGACGAGUACGAGUAGUAGUAGUACUACUCCUACCAGCGCGUUUGGUCGGAUCGAAAACGCGAGGAAGACUUUGAACGAGUACUGGUCGUCUUUUAGUAGCAGUAAUAGUAAAUUGAGCAGAAGGACCCAACAACAACCUUUGAAUCAACAAAAUCAUCCGACGACGGAAGCGGAAGCGGGAGUAGAGGGAGGCGGUUCCUCGGCGCCGUCGUCGUAUUUCUUUAACCCGUACUGGCAAAAAACCGAGCAAGUGAUCGAUUACGCGACCAUAGAUGCGGUGGCCAGAGCGUAUAAGAAACCACCGAACCCGAUUAGUUCUUUACGUCACGCCGGGGUGAAAUUUCCGAACGUUUUGUUUCAUCCGGCGACGUUGAGAUGGUACAAGGAAUAUUGGAUGUGUUUGUACGAGAAAGUGUUUUUAGAGAAGCCUUUUUUAGCCGCCUUGGCGACGAGUGUGUUUAAAUGCGUCAGUUCAGACGCGUUCGUCCAAAUAUUCGUGGAAGGGAACACGCAUUUGGAUUAUCAGAGGGUUGGGUGUUUCUUCGCGCUCGGCGUGGCGUACGUAGGCGCGUUUCAGUACUCUUUGUACAAUCACAUGUUGAAACCGCUGUACGGGGUGAUGAAACCAAAGAUGGGGAUCCCAGGCGCGACUGGGGCAAUCGUUGCCGCGGAUCAACUCUUCGUCGCGCCUUUUGUAUACUUUCCAACGUUCUUGGCGAUUAAGAUGUGGUCGGAAAACAAAACCAGCGCGGGAGAGUUUUACGGGACUUUGAAAACGUUAUGGAACGAUACGGUGUUUGAAACCAUGCGCGCUUUGUGGAUCGUCUGGGUACCCGCGCAAAUGUUCAACUUCUGGGUCGUUCCGAGGCACUUGACGAUUCCGUUCAUGAACAUCGUCGGGUUCGGGUGGAACGGGAUUUUGUCCUUCGUUCACGGACAGAGGAAGAUUUUAGACGCCAAGGAGAGGGAGGAGGCGAAGAUAUUCGUGGAAAAAAUGUCGCCUUUGUUGAGCGGAAGCAGAGAGGCGCAUCCUUCUAUUUCUUCUUCUUCUGAAGAAGAAAAAGCAAAAGAACGAGGCGAGGAAAAGAAAGAGGACGGAUUAAUCGCCGGCUUGAUGGAUUCUCAAGUGUCGACGAAACCACUUUUACAGUCGGAGCCGGAGGAGGAAGAGCCGGCCCCCGAGAACGAACCGCGAGAACAAGACGCGCAACAAUAG